AUGGCCUGCUACGUGCCUGCCCAGGCACAGGAUAAUGUGCAGGCAUUGAUUGCCAAUGUGAAAACCCUGACUGUCGAGAAGUUGAAGAAUGUACUGCGCAGCGAAGGACUGCCUGUGUCGGGAGUGAAAAGUGAGCUUCAAAUCAGAACAAUAGCGUACAUCGAGAAGCUGCGCAACGGAGCAGAUAUACCCGCGCUGAAUCGACUGCGCGCGAUGAUUAGGGGUGUCUCUCAUCCAUAUCAAAAUGGCAACACGUUCAAUUCCCACUACUCGAACCACGCGCCCACCUCUUCGGCCUCACCUCAAUUUUCCACACUGAACGCUGGCAACUCGUACAACAUGACCUCCCGCCAUGAGCCUGGCCCACGCCAACUGGCUUUCAGCCCCACGCCUUUCUACACCAUAUUUUCGCCGCUCACUUCGCCGCUCGAGUGCAAAGCCCGAGAGUCGAGCAGAGACACUGCAAGGGUCAUUGUGCACCUGCCCCAGUGGACCAUGGAUCAGUUGCACAAGGAUCCGUUAUUCCGUGUUAUGGUAUUUUGCGCCGCUGAACCUUUAGCCUCGGACAGAGACCCUCACCACUUGUAUCGCAACAACAUUUACGACAUUGCAUUUCCUCAUAACGUGGAGUUGAAAUGUAAUGGUCAGGAGGUCAAGGCGAAUCUGAAAGGACUGAAAGGCAAACCGGGAUCGACUCGACCUGCGGAUAUCACGAGCUUUAUCAAGAAAAAGCCCGUCGGUCAUUCACACACGGUUGAGAUGAUCUAUGCCUUAACCACAAAGAGCUUCUAUAUUGUGGUCAAUCUCGUCCUGCUCAAGCCGAUUGACGCGAUGGUCGCCGAUAUCAGACGAGGCCGCAUGAUCACCAAAGAGCAGACGAUACGGGAGAUGCGUCGGAAAGCUGAAGACCCAGAUGAGGUUGUGGCGACAUCCAUGCUUCUAUCGUUGAAGGACCCCGUUGGUUACACACGCAUCACAACACCCUGCCGUGGUCUCGGCUGCCACCAUCUGCAGUGCUUCGAUGCGACGUUAUACCUCCAACUCCAAGAACAAGCCCCUACAUGGAUCUGUCCAAUUUGCAGUAGACCUGCCCCUUACGACCAGCUGGCCCUCGAUCAGUUUGUUAACGACAUUCUGAACUUGACGCCAAAGAGUGUCGAGGCAGUUAUUGUCGAACCCGAUGGGAGAUGGCACAUCAAGAACGAAAACGAAAAUCUCAGUCGCACGUCCAACCCUACGCCAUCUGAUGAUGACGAUGGCGACGACGCCGAGGAGGAGGAGGACGAAGACGGCGACCUCGUCGAGAUCACCGGUGGAUCCAGCCUCCGGCCCUUGAAACUCGAAACACUGACACCGCACAGUGUCAAGACGCCGCCACUAUCUUCUCGAGAAGUAUCGACAGCUCCUCCGGCGUCCAAAUCAUCAGCACAAGGCAAAAAGAGACCUCGCGAAGUCAUUGAUUUGACUCUGAGUGAUGACGAGGAGGAGGAGGAUGGAUCAGCAUCCAAAGCUCCGCGGGUUUCCCAAGCCUACCCACCUGCAAAUGCUCCUGGCUCACGCCGGGUCUAUUUCCAACCAUUUCCUCCAUCUCAACCAUCGUCUUAUGACUUUAACAGGUUUAAUCCGUCGCUUUAG